AUGGGUAAACAAUACAUUCUGACGGUGACUGCGUCCCAUGCCCAUGAACUGGAUAUCCUGGGUGUCGCAAUGACCGACAAGUAUACAAUCUCUGUUUCCAGUGACGGAUAUGCUGCCUUUUGGGACAACAAGAAAGAUGAGGUCCAUAAUCCAUCUGAUUCGGUUGUUAAGAAGUUCAUCAACGAACUUGGUAUCCAUCAUAUUGCUGCUUAUGAAAAUAUCCCACCUGAGCUGACGCAGAAAGUUGUUCUUUUGGCAUUUGCAUGUUUCGAUGGCUCCAUCAAGUUCUACUACUAUACCAACGAGGACCUUGAAACUUUCCAAGAACUCGACACUGGUUCCACUUUCAAGUCCAGCUUUUGGACUCCAGGCUUCUACAAGGAUCCAAAAUCAAAACAAGAUAUGUUUAUUUCCACUAAGGCUAACGGCCUGGCUGCUGUUUAUGGGUUGAACAUAAAAGACGUCGAGGGUACUAUAGAGAUUACCGUGAGUGAUCUUCUAGGCGAACUCCACGUCACUGUCAACAAUGCAGCUUUUCCAAACUCCUUAGGUGUUUCUAAGGCAUCUGAUGGGCUUGUUGCUGUUGGUUACACAUCCGGUGAUGUGGCAGUUUUCACUUUGCAUGGUCUCAAGGCCUUGUUCACAUUCCAUUCCACAGAUCUCCAAGUUGCUGAGAACAUUGGAUCAAGUUCGGUACCUCGUGUUCUUGAGUUCUCGCCAGGCGGCACGCUUUUGGCAGUUGCAAGAGAUAACCAGUCUGCUGGCCUGAUAACCCUUUAUGAUGUUGAAUAUGGUGAAAACGUUGGCUCGUUGACCACCCUGUCACAUUCCACAAAGACCACUGUGGGAGGAUUUGCUCAUGACGGAUGGAUCAUGGGUCUCGACUUCAACACAGAUGGUCUGCUUCUAGCAAGUUGUGGUUUCGACAAGUGCAUCAGAGUAUGGAACCUCGAAACUCGUGAACGUGAAGCUACGCUACAAGUGAAUGUGACUGACUUGGAGAAUACAGAAUAUGAUGGUGAUAUCGACAGCAGUGUUUGCAGCGGAGUAGCGUUCAUUGAUAGAGGUGUUAGAGCAGGUGCCGGUGGUGAUUCUAAUGAGGGUCUCUGUGUGGUGAGCUUCGACCGUGGCAUUCGCUGGUAUAGAGAAGCUGGAGGAAUCUAG